CUUUCCCCGGUCCCCGGCGCCGCCUCCUUCCCUCCCGGCUCCCCGCUCCCGCGGCCGCCGCCGCCCCGGGGAAGGAGAGACGGGGGUGGGGUUUGGGGGAGAUGCUGCUGCUGCUGCUGCUGCCGCUGGCGCCACUCUUCCUCCGCCCCCCGGGCGCGGGCGGGGCGCAGACCCCCAACGCCACCUCGGAAGGUUGCCAGAUCAUACACCCGCCCUGGGAAGGCGGCAUCAGGUACAGGGGCCUGACUCGAGACCAGGUGAAGGCUAUCAACUUCCUGCCCGUGGACUAUGAGAUUGAGUAUGUGUGCCGGGGGGAGCGCGAGGUCGUGGGGCCCAAGGUCCGCAAGUGCCUGGCCAACGGCUCCUGGACAGAUAUGGACACACCCAGCCGCUGUGUCCGAAUCUGCUCCAAGUCUUAUUUGACCCUGGAAAAUGGGAAGGUUUUCCUGACGGGUGGGGACCUCCCAGCUCUGGACGGAGCCCGGGUGGAUUUCCGGUGUGACUCCGACUUCCAUCUGGUGGGCAGCUCCCGGAGCAUCUGUAGUCAGGGCCAGUGGAGCACCCCCAAGCCCCACUGCCAGGUGAAUCGAACGCCACACUCAGAACGGCGCGCGGUGUACAUCGGGGCGCUGUUUCCCAUGAGCGGGGGCUGGCCGGGGGGCCAGGCCUGCCAGCCCGCGGUGGAGAUGGCGCUGGAGGACGUGAAUAGCCGCAGGGACAUCCUGCCGGACUAUGAGCUCAAGCUCAUCCACCACGACAGCAAGUGUGACCCAGGCCAAGCCACCAAGUACCUGUACGAGCUGCUCUACAAUGACCCUAUCAAGAUCAUCCUCAUGCCUGGCUGCAGCUCCGUGUCCACGCUCGUGGCUGAGGCUGCCAGGAUGUGGAACCUCAUCGUGCUUUCCUAUGGCUCCAGUUCACCGGCCCUGUCAAACCGGCAACGCUUUCCUACGUUCUUCCGAACUCAUCCGUCAGCCACACUCCACAAUCCUACCCGGGUGAAACUCUUCGAAAAGUGGGGCUGGAAGAAGAUCGCCACCAUCCAGCAGACCACUGAGGUCUUCACCUCGACUCUGGAUGACCUGGAGGAACGGGUAAAGGAGGCUGGAAUCGAGAUUACUUUCCGUCAGAGUUUCUUCUCAGAUCCAGCUGUGCCCGUCAAAAACCUUAAGCGCCAAGACGCCCGGAUCAUCGUGGGACUUUUCUAUGAGACCGAAGCCCGGAAAGUUUUUUGUGAGGUAUACAAGGAGCGGCUCUUCGGGAAGAAGUACGUCUGGUUCCUCAUUGGGUGGUAUGCCGACAAUUGGUUCAAGAUCUAUGACCCGUCCAUCAACUGCACAGUGGACGAGAUGACCGAGGCGGUGGAGGGCCACAUCACCACUGAGAUUGUCAUGCUGAACCCUGCCAACACCCGCAGCAUUUCCAACAUGACGUCCCAGGAGUUUGUGGAGAAACUGACCAAACGACUAAAAAGACACCCUGAGGAGACGGGAGGCUUCCAGGAGGCACCACUGGCCUAUGAUGCCAUCUGGGCCUUGGCAUUGGCCCUGAACAAGACGUCUGGAGGGGGUGGCCGUUCGGGGGUGCGCCUGGAAGACUUCAACUACAACAACCAGACCAUAACAGACCAAAUCUACCGGGCAAUGAACUCCUCGUCCUUCGAGGGUGUUUCCGGCCAUGUGGUGUUUGAUGCCAGUGGCUCUCGGAUGGCGUGGACGCUCAUCGAGCAGCUGCAGGGUGGCAGCUACAAGAAGAUUGGCUAUUAUGACAGCACCAAGGAUGACCUUUCCUGGUCCAAAACGGAUAAGUGGAUUGGAGGGUCCCCCCCAGCUGACCAGACCUUGGUCAUCAAGACGUUCCGCUUCCUGUCACAGAAACUCUUUAUCUCCGUAUCCGUUCUCUCCAGCCUGGGCAUUGUCCUAGCUGUUGUCUGUCUGUCCUUUAACAUCUAUAACUCCCAUGUCCGUUAUAUCCAGAACUCACAGCCCAACCUGAAUAAUCUGACUGCUGUGGGCUGCUCUCUGGCGUUAGCUGCCGUCUUCCCCCUCGGGCUGGAUGGUUACCACAUCGGGAGAAGCCAGUUCCCCUUCGUCUGCCAGGCCCGCCUCUGGCUCCUGGGUCUGGGCUUUAGCCUGGGCUACGGCUCCAUGUUCACCAAGAUCUGGUGGGUCCACACGGUCUUCACAAAGAAGGAGGAGAAGAAGGAGUGGAGGAAGACCCUGGAGCCCUGGAAGCUGUAUGCCACGGUGGGCCUGCUGGUGGGCAUGGACGUCCUCACCCUCGCCAUCUGGCAGAUCGUGGACCCUUUGCACCGGACCAUUGAGACUUUUGCCAAGGAGGAACCGAAGGAAGAUAUUGACGUGUCUAUUUUGCCCCAGCUGGAGCACUGCAGCUCCAAGAAGAUGAAUACGUGGCUUGGCAUUUUCUAUGGCUACAAGGGGCUCCUGCUGCUGCUGGGUAUCUUUCUUGCUUAUGAGACCAAGAGCGUGUCCACCGAGAAGAUCAACGACCACCGGGCUGUGGGCAUGGCCAUCUACAAUGUGGCGGUCCUGUGCCUCAUCACGGCUCCGGUCACCAUGAUCCUGUCCAGCCAGCAGGAUGCGGCCUUCGCCUUUGCCUCUCUCGCCAUAGUUUUCUCCUCCUAUAUCACCCUGGUUGUGCUCUUCGUGCCCAAGAUGCGCAGGCUGAUCACCCGAGGGGAGUGGCAGUCAGAGGCGCAGGACACCAUGAAGACGGGGUCCUCGACCAACAACAACGAGGAGGAGAAGUCCCGGCUGUUGGAGAAGGAGAACCGUGAACUGGAGAAGAUCAUCGCUGAGAAAGAGGAGCGCGUCUCUGAACUGCGCCAUCAGCUCCAGUCCCGGCAGCAGCUCCGCUCCCGGCGUCACCCUCCGACACCCCCAGACCCCUCGGGGGCCCUGCCCAGGGGGCCCCCUGAACCCCCCGACCGGCUUAGCUGUGAUGGGAGUCGAGUCCACUUGCUUUACAAGUGAGGGCGGUGUAAGCGGGGACAGGCCAGUAGGCGGAGGGAGAGGGAGAAGGGGAGGGCGGUUGGGAGGAAGCAGGGGAUACCAACCCCAGGUGGGAAGAACACUACUCCAUCCCAUCUCUUGUAAAUACCUGCCCCUCUGCAAGUCCCGGGGUUUUCUGGGUCUCCAGUACUCCCGGAGCCAGGCCCUGUUCUCUCUCAUUCGUUCGUAUAAUUUGCUAUCUCUACUUCAUAAUCUAGUUUGUACCUGGCUUGAAGCUUCUCACUCACUGGCUCCUCAGUGGCCUCACUACAUACACCCUUUUCUUUUCCUCUGUCUCGUUGCCACGGCAACCCCACAGCUCCCUUGCCUUUGUGCUCUGCUCCCAUCCAGCAGGGGUCUCCCCAAAGUGCUCCCUCUACCCUAACAGGGCCUGGCCAUUUCUCUCACCAUCCUAAUCGCCUUCCAACCCACUUGCCCCUCCACACAUCCACAAGUUUUGUUCCUCUCGAAUUUUGCUUCUCCAGGGCACUCAUUCUUCUUGCCAAGGCUCACAUGCUCCUCCUCUCUGCCAGACACACACGUACCCUCCCCUCCCCUGCUCGUUCCCACUGCACAGGCUCCUGUGUGCACAUGCGUUUCACAUGCGCUUUCUCCACCCUUCCUGUGGCCGCAUAUGCUCCAUUGUAUUCCCUUCCCUCACGGCUGUGUGUGCCCCUCUCAUGGUCAUGGGUGUGUCCUUGUGAGGGCGUGUGUGGGUGGGCGUGUGCCAUUUGUCUAGCAUGUCUUCCCUAUGUGCACACAUGCAAGCUUAUCCGUGCACUUUCCCUGUGUGCCCUCAUGGUGCCUUGCGUACCCUCUUCUUUCUGCACCUUAAAAUCAUUCUGUUCUUCUAACAGAGUCAUAUGCACCCACCCUGCACACUGCUACACACUUUUCCCCAGUUCAUGUUUGGCGUGGCUGUCCACAUCCUCUCUGUGUCACACCUGGUUUCUGCUCACACUCUCCAGCCUCUCCUUUGUGCUCAUGGACCACCCUCGGUCCACACUCACAAUCAUCCUCUCCCAAGAGUGUUCCCUUUGGUUUUGUGUUUUUCUGGGGGAAAGAAAGGAGAAGAAAUGGGGGCAGGUUUGGGGAGCUGCUUCCAGUGGAUAUUCAGUGAGAAUCCUGACCAAAGGAAGGCACUCCUGACUGUUGAGAUGGAAGAUGGUCCUAUGGGGCGGAAAGUGGCGUCCCUUUUGCACUGUGGUGUCUCUUGGGGAAGGAGCUCCCCAAAUCUCAAUAAACCAGUGAACGGAGUGACUCAG